GCUCUGAGCCUUGUGUCUUUGCCUUUCAGACAUGCUAAGGAGCGCCCUGCUGUGCACUGUGCUGGCACUCUUGCGGGUGCAGUCUUUUCCCUGCCCCAGAACUUGUAAGUGUGUGGUCCGCGAUGCCGUUCAGUGCUCCGGAGGCAGCGUGGCUCACAUCGCCGCGCUGGAUCUCCCCAGGAACCUCACACACAUCCUGCUCUUCCAAAUGGAUCAGGGUGUCCUGCGGAACCACAGCUUCAGAGGCAUGACGGUCCUGCAACGCUUGAUGCUCUCAGACAGCCACAUUUCCGCCAUCGACCCAGGUACCUUCAAUGACCUGAUAAAACUUAAAACCCUCAGGUUGACCCGCAACAAAAUCUCUCAUCUUCCCGGUGCGAUCCUGGAUAAGAUGGUGCUCUUGGAACAGUUGUUCUUGGACCGCAAUGCACUAAAGGACCUUGACCAAAACCUGUUUCAGAAACUGCUUAACCUGGAGGAGCUCUGUUUGAACCAGAAUCAGCUCUCUUUUCUUCCUGCUAACCUUUUCUCGAGUCUGGGGAAACUGAAGGUGUUGGAUUUAUCUCGAAACAACCUGACCCAUCUGCCCAAGGGAUUGCUUGGGGCGCAAGUUAAGCUUGAGAAACUGCUGCUCUACUCAAACCAGCUCGUGUCUGUGGAUUCGGGGCUGCUGAGCAACCUGGGCGCCCUGACUGAACUGAGGCUGGACCGGAAUUGCCUCCGCUCCAUCGCACCUGGAGCCUUCGACCGCCUAGGAAACCUGAGCAUCUUGACUCUGUCCAGAAACCGCCUGGAGUCUCUGCCGCCCGCGCUCUUCCUUCAUGUGAGCAGUGUGAGUCUGCUGACCCUGUUUGAGAACCCUCUGGAGGAGCUCCCGGAGGUGCUGUUCGGGGAGAUGGCUGGCCUGCGGGAGCUGUGGCUGAACGGCACCCAGCUGCGCACGCUGCCGGUCGCCGCCUUCCGCAACCUGAGCCGCCUGCAGACGCUAGGGGUGACGCAGAACCCGCGCCUGAGCGCGCUCCCGUUCGGCGCGUUCCACGGUCUGAUGGAGCUGCGCGUGCUCGCGCUGCAUUCCAACAGCCUGGCGGCGCUCCCCAAGGACGCGCUGCGCGACCUCGGCCGCCUGCGCCUGGUGUCGCUGAGCCACAACCGGCUGCGGCUCCUGCCCCGCGCGCUCUUCCGCAACCUCAGCAGCCUCCAGACCGUGCAGCUAGAGCACAACCAGCUGGAGACUCUGCCGGGAGAUGUGUUCGCGGCUCUGCCCCAGCUGAAGCAGAUCCUGCUGGGCCACAACCCCUGGCUCUGCGACUGUGGCCUAUGGCCCUUCCUCCAGUGGCUGCGGCAUCACCGGGACCUCUUAGGCCCGGACGAGCCCCCGCAGUGCCGUGGCCCGGCGCCACGCGCGGGCCUGUCGUUCUGGGAGCUGCUACAGGGUGACCCGUGGUGCCCGCACCCUCGCGGCCUGCCUCUGAACCCUCCAACAGAGGACGCUCUCGAAGCCCCGGUCCCGUCCCAGCUGCCUGACAGCUUGACGACCCAGACGUGGGUCCAGCUAGUGGCCAACGGUGAAAGUCCCGAUCACAGCCUCUAUUGGGGCCUUUACAUUCUGCUUUUAGUUAUUCAGGCCAGCAUAGGCGGGGUCAUCGUGUUUGCGAUGCUUAAGAUCGGCCAGCUGUUUCGAACAUUAAUCAGAGAGAAGCUCUUGUUUGGGGGGCGAUGGGAAAAUUGUGUAACUGAUUAAAACGUGACCAGAGCAUUGUGGAC